CUCAAUCAACUGUUCAACGAGUCUAGUAUUCAUUCUGUGUAUACAGGCUGCAAAAUGACAGCUUUCAGGUCUGCAAAGAACAGAGAGGGCACUGCCGUGGAUGCAGUCUGCACAUACAGACCCAGUGCUACCACUGCUGAAUUCGACCGAAUCAAAGUCUAUCGUGAGUUCAGCAAGAUGACAGCUAGCUGCACUGAGCUAGGACCCUACCAGCUGGAUGCAGCAAGUUUUUAUGUUAGCGGUUAUAAUGAACUGCAGCCUGGACUAUGUAAGUCAAAGGAGGACAGGGAUGACACAGGAGUAGAUGUCAUCUGCAGCUAUAGAGAUGAGCCUUCAGAUCCCAAGUUCCACAGAGAGAAAGUUUACCAUGAGCUGAGCAAUAUGACAAAUGGUAUCACCAAGCUGGGACACUACAGCCUUAACAGCCAGAGCCUCUACAUUAAUGGUAACAAAACCACCUCAAGGUCAGUGAGGAAUACGGAUAACACAGGAGUAGACACCAUCUGCAGCUAUGGAAAUGGCUCCCAAGUGCCCAAGUUUGACCAAGCUAAGGUCUACCAAGAAUUAAGGAACAUGACAAAUGGCAUCACCAAAUUAGGAAUCUAUAACCUGGACAACAAGAGCCUCUAUAUCAAUGCUCCGAGCAUAACUACUGCACCAAGCCCAACAUCCAGGCAUUUCACACUGAAUUUCACCUUGACCAACCUCCAGUACACAGCAGAUCUGGAUGCACCAAGUUCCCCCAAAUUCAUUUCCACAGUAAAAGUUAUCAACCAUUAUAUUGACCCUCUUUUCAAAAGCAGCAGCAUAAGCUCUGUGUACACAGGAUGUAAAGUGAUGAGAUUUAGGUCUGGGAGAGACAGGGAUGACACAGGCAUAGAUGCUGUCUGCAGCUACAAAAAUGAUAUCAGCCUUGCCAGGUUUGACAGAGAAAAGGUUUAUCAUGAGCUGAGCACCAUGACAAAUGGUGCCACCAAACUGGGUCACUACAGCCUAGAGAAGAACAGCCUGUAUGUCAAUGGUUUCCCCCUCACGGACACAGCUAUCACCAGAAACCCUUUCCUGACUGAAGCUCCAGCUAAAUUGGUCUACAGACUGAGCUUUAGAAUAGUCAAUGAAAAUCUAACUAACCCAGACUCUCAGUCUCCAGAAUACAAAGCAGCAGUGGAAAGCAUCAGUAACAAGAUGAAUCAACUAUACCAUCAGAGCAACCUGCGAGACCAGUUCCUGAACUGCAGUAUUACAAGGCUGAGGUCUGGAUCCAUAGUGGUCGACUGCAAGUGCUUCUUCCAGCCAGAGCCCAGCAUCAACAGGGCUGUGGUUGAAAGGGCUUUUCAGGAUGGCACUUUAAAUACAACUGGACUAUGGCUGGGGAGCAGUUACCAGCUGCAAGGAUUCUCAGUAGAGAGCUUGGAACUAGCAAUUGAGGCAGCAACUUACAAAACACCCCUCAAGUCUGGAAAAGAAAACUUCCAAUUAAGCUUCAGAAUCUCCAACCUUCCCUACUCCCCAGAACUGCAGGAUUCCAGGUCACAGAUGUACCAAGUGAACAAAGAGAAAAUUGAGAAGGAGCUUGAUGUAUUCAGAAAUAGCAGCCUGAAGGACUACUUUGCUGGUUGUACUGUUGAGAGCUUUGGGCCUGUCCAUGGGAAAGCUUACACAAGUGUUGCCUCCAUCUGUAAAUUCACACCGGACCCCUUCUCAGGGACUUUACAAAAGCAAAAGGUGUAUGAGGAGCUGAAACGCCUGACACAUGGGUUCACCAAGCUGCACCCCAGCUAUGAGCUGGAAGAUCAGAGUCUGAUUGUUGAAGGUUAUUCUCCACUCAAAACAGAUGAACAGGAGUCUGAAGGAUCUGAGCUUCAGUUCUGGGCAAUUAUCCUCAUCUGCAUUUUCACCCUGCUUGGCUUCAUUCUCCUCAUCUUGUUAUGCUUCCUGGACCACCAUAUGGUGGAAGACAUCAAGCACAAGUGCUGCUAUGUUGCUUCCAACUUUGAAAGCAAGUGCCAGCUCCUGACAGUCAGCUGCACCCUGGAUUUUUCCCUGCCCGAUGGCCAGACCAUCAGCCUUAGCAAGGAGAGGUUUCAUCAUCUAGAAGCACUAUUCAACUCAAAGUGGGGUAUUUUCUACAUGGGCAUCUAUGAGAUGGCCUGGAGAAGUCUCGACAAACUUGCAGAAGAAAGCAGGUCAACAACAUACAAAAGCAUCCUCCUGUGUGUGGGGUCCUCUCUCUUUGGGGGUCUAGAGAGGAGGUUUUGCAACAAGCUCCUCCAAAGCCUGUGCUCAGCAUGGAUAGGGGGGUCCAUCCUCACCUCCCUCAAGAACUUCCAGACAUAGCGGAUCCAAAGGGACAAGUAUGAUGAAGAGGGGCUGAACAUUGUCCACCAGAGAUUCUUAUUGAGGUGA